AUGGCUGUAGAUGUAAUAGAAAACUUUGACUUUACUCAAAAGAAGUUUCAAAUGAUUAAAAAUGCAACAAUGAGGAUGAAUAUUGUUGACCAUGAAGAUGAUAACUACGAUAACGACGACGAUAACGAGGACGACAACGACGAUAACGAAAAUAAUGGUGACAGUAAUGAAUAUUUUUUUAUGGCUAUAACUAUUUUGCCUUCGCGCUACCAAUCGAUACCAUACAAAAAUAAAGUUCCAUUCCAGUUCACCAAUAUCAGAGGGACUCAGGACAUGAGGGGGAUGUAUUGUACGGAUUUUCGUUAUUUGUGUGUUGAGUUUGGAAAAAACCGUAAUCCGAUCCCGGACUUCAACUUUUAUGCUGGAGAUUCAGAAACGCUUACGUCAUGUCAGGGGAUUCCAUGUGAAAACCCCGAGGAGAGAACUAGCUCGAGUAGUGCGAGUGGAGGGGAUAACAGCGGUACAGGUAGUAAUGGAGGUACAAGUGGUAAUGGAGGUACAGGCGGUAAUAAUGGUACAGGUGGCCAUGGAGGUACUGCUGGUCACGGAGGUACUGCUGGUCAUGGAAAUACACCUGGAAAUACCGGAAGUUCAACUGAUAUGCAACAAAACCUAGGAGGGGGAGGAGAACCAGCCGUCGGACCGCCUACAUACGAAGGAGAUGUUGUAACCGCUUGCAUCGUGGCAGGAAUUACAAUUGAUGUAGGAGAGACGAAGGCUAUCACUCCAUGCCAAACCUGUCGAUGUAGUAGCGGUGGUGUUGUUAUUUGUGUGGAGAUGUCAUGCUUACGACCUCUGACCUGCAAUAAACCUGUGUUCAUUGCUGGAAAAUGUUGCGCAACUUGUUUAGGAGAAGAUGCACAACCACGAGAUAACUUACCGUGUAUUUUCGAUGGGCAAAUAGUGUUGCACAACCAGGAGUUUCGAACUAGUGAGUGUCUGCAAUGCACUUGUCAAGACGGAUCGAUGACUUGCAUAUACACGUGUGUUGAGACAUCUGGUUCCACUGGAGAAACUGUGACGUUGGUGGAAUUCGACAACGAACUGAGUACCAGUAUUUCCGGGGACAACAUUUGGAGUCUUCAAGCUUGGGGGAGUCUGAAGGCGAACGGCGGAGGGCCAAAACUGAGUUACACGAAAAAUGCACUGAUGCCGUCUCAUAUGUCACAAGAUUUCACAGUGGACGAAUCAUUCGUAUUCAGAGACAUUCCGAUUGUGCUUAACAUGUCGAGUAAAACGUGCAAACAGUUAAAAUACGUUUGUGUGAUGCUUCAGAAAUCAGAUAACACUCCAUUUGAGUUCAUACUGAAGAAAUCUUUUUCGAAGGCAACUAUGAAUUGCCAGAGACUUACAUGCAUAAAGUAG